GAGGGGAGGAGGCGUUCAGCGCUGAGACAUUGUCAUGCAAACAGAGACCACCGCCUCGCCAUUGUCUCCCGGACUCCAACUUUAUUAUAAACACACCGCGAGCCGCCCGCCGCAGCAGAGCACCGGAGCACCGGCACCGAGAGACACGCGCUGGAUACCGCGAGAAAACCACGCGUUCCGCUGGAGUUUGACGCCGCAACCGGAGCUUUCGCGUCUCCGUCCGCGCUCCACAUGUACAAAAUGGAUUAUUCGUAUCUGAACACGUAUGACUCGUGCAUGGCGGCGAUGGAGGCGUCGGCGUACGCGGACUUUAACUCGUGCAGUCAGGCCAACACGUUCCAGUACAACCCGAUCCGAACCGGCUUCAGCUCCAGCCCGGGAUGCGCUCCGCUCGGGUCCGCCAGCUGCACCCUGGGCGCGCUGAGAGAGCACCAGCCCGCGCCCUACAGCACAGUUCCGUACAAGUUCUUCUCGGACCCCUCCGGUCUGAACGAGAAGCGCAAGCAGCGGCGGAUCCGCACGACCUUCACGAGUUCUCAGCUGAAGGAGCUGGAGCGCGUGUUCGCGGAGACGCAUUACCCGGAUAUCUACACGCGUGAGGAGCUCGCGCUGAAGAUCGACCUGACCGAGGCGCGCGUGCAGGUUUGGUUCCAGAACCGACGUGCCAAGUUUCGUAAACAAGAACGUGCCGCCAACUCCAAAGGAGCGAAUACAGGCGCCAACGGCUCCGGCGGCAAGAAGUCGGGCGAGAACCGCUCUUCCUCUGAAGACGACGAGUCUAAAGAGUCGACCUGCAGCCCGACGCCCGACAGCACAGCGUCUCUGCCCGGCUCCGGGAACAUGGGCAGCCCCGGGGCCAGCAGCCUCAGCCCCAGCCCUGUCUCCGGCUCCUCGGCCGGCUUCUCCACCGCCUCCAUCUCACCCUCCAUCCACCAGGGCCUGAAGAGCUCGCCCUGGCCCAGCACCGUCCAGACCCAGGAGCUGCUGAAGGCCUGGCAGCCGGCGGACAGUAUGGCGUCUGGGCCGUUCGCCGGCGUUCUGUCCUCGUUCCACCGGAAACCCAACACAAUCAAGACCAACCUGUUCUAGAGACUCCGGGCCGUGCGUCCGCUGAGAGUUCUGUUCUGGAGAUUGAGCUGGGCUCGUAUUCACUAAACAUCUUCAGGCAUCUGAAAGCAGCUCACAAAGUGCAGAUUAAAGAGAAAAUCUUAAAACUAAAGGUGCUUUGCGAUGCCUCUUUUCUCUAAAUGUACCGAUAACAUCUGAAGAAGGUUUCUGAGCUGAAACUCUUUUUUUACUGCUAUGUAGAGAACUGUUAGUGGUGAGAUCAAGCGAUGUUUUGUGAAUACGGGCUCUGAAGGUUAAUUUAAUGUCAUGUUGGUGCUUCUGAUGUGUCCAUUAUUUGUGUUCAUCAGGUCCGUUUCCUCUUAACGCUGUAGAUCCCUUGUGUCAGUAAAUGAGUUGCUGGUUUCCUCCAGAAACGCUUGUCCUUCAGGAUGAGGAAUCAGGUCCGGUCUUCAGGAAGAGACGCUGUGUGAGGAGGAACUAAAUUAGAUUAGAGGAGCGGUAACCGAAUAUUCACCGCAGAUGAUGGGCGUAAUAAUGAUCUGUUCCUAAAUUAGCAGUCUGAUCUGAAAUAUUAAUGUUCCAGCUUGUUUCUGGAUCAGAAUGAUGACAAACCUGCAUUUACUGAUGAAUCUCUCAUGCGGCUCUUCACUGAAGCUCUUUGAAGAUGGAUUUGACGUGUGUGUGUGUGUGUUUGUGUAUGUGUAUGACUGUGUAUGUGUGUGUGUGUCCGUGUGUAUGUGUGUGUGUGUCUGUGUAUGUGUGUGUCCGUGUGUGUGUCUGUGUGUCCAUGUGUGUGUGUGUGUGUGUGUGUGUCCGUGUGUGUGUCCAUGUGUGUGUGUGUCCGUGUGUGUGUCCGUGUGUGUGUCCAUGUGUGUGUGUUUGUGUAUGUGUGUGACUGUGUGUAUGUAUGUGUGUGUUUGUGUAUGUCUGUGUAUGUUCGUGACUGUGUAUGUGUGUGUCCGUGUGUGUGUCCAUGUAUGUGUGUGUGUGUCUGAGUGUUUGUGUGUGUGUCCAUGUGUGUGUGUUUGUGUGAUUGUGUGUAUGUAUGUGUGUGUGUCUGUGUGUGUGUGUUUGUGUAUGUCUGUGUCUGUGUGUGUGUGAGUGUUUGUGUGUGUGUGUGUCUGUGUGUUUGUGUAUGUCUGUGUAUGUGUGUGACUGUGUAUGUGUGUCCGUGUGUGUGUAUGUGUGUUUGUCAAUGUGUAUGUGUGUGUGUGUGUGUCAAUGUGUAUGUGUGUGUGUGUGUGUUUGUAUAUGUGUAUGAGUGUAGGUUUGUGUGUGUGAAUGUGUGUGUCUGUGUGUAAGUUUGUAUGUAUUUUAGUGUGUGUGUUUGUGUACAUGUCUGAGUGUGUGUGUGUGUGUGUGUGUGUGUGUGACCCCAGAAACAAGCAUAGUUAAGCCACUUGUAGUUAAUUUAUUGAAGAAAAAAUGAAAAACAAAAAACAAAACAAAAAAAACGUUGGGAUGAUUUUUUUAAGCUAGGCUUUUAUUGAAAAAGAUUUUGUAAAUAUUAAUAUAAAUACGAUGUAGUUUCUUUUUUUUAAUGUUUUUGGCUCCAGUGCACGCCCUGUACUUCAUGAAUGAUCUGCUGUAUAUAAUCCUAAAGAUGAGCAAAUAAAGAGCUUCUCCAGUCC